GAAGUAAAGAAAGUCAAUUUAGUCCAAAAGUUUGGAGUCCAAAAUCACCGUAACCAAAACGCUCCCAAAAGGUGAGCAAAACCGGCGGUGGAGAGAACUGGAAGAACACAUCUUUUUGAGAGACAAUCGGCGGACAAAAUGAGCGGCGAGGCCAAAAGCGGGGGGGCCAGCGGCGGAGCAGGUGGUUUCAGAUCGAGAAUGGAGCACUAUUUAUACAGCGGCGAUAAAAAGCACGUCGCUGCUGGCAUCGUCAUCUUUGGUAUCAUCUUCGGCAUUCCUUGGGCCCUCAUGAAUCGAGGAUCAAAACAUCGGUCUCACCAAGAUUACAUGGAAAGAGCUGAUAAAGCACGAAGUCAGAGACUCUCUUCAGGUUCAUCAUCAGCUAAAUGAUUUUUUUUUUUCUUUUUGGCUUUCUUCUGAUUGAGGAUGUUCUUUCGGGCACUUGAUUAGCAUAAAUUUUUUGUAGUAGCUCCUAUAUCUUGCAUUUCCCCCCUCCCUCACGUGACAUUAAAUCAAGAGAACAUAUACUCACUAAGGUACACUUGUGGUUAUGAAAUAAAUGACGGAUUUACUUUUUUUU